AGAGUGCAGCAGCUUGGAACAAUGCCAGAUUCACCUGCGGAUGUGAAAACCCAGCCCAGGUCCACCCCACCAACCAUGCCUCCUCCACCCCCGGCUGUCAACCAAGCAACCAGCCGCAAUGCUUCUUUCACCCCCACAACCAGUAAAUCAAUGCUAAAUGGGAGCAGCCACUCUCCCACAUCGCUGAAUGGCACACCGUCCACUCCUAACGGCUUCAGCAACGGGCCAGCCAUGUCGUCGACAUCCUCGCUUUCCAACCAACAGCUCCCGCCAGCCUGUGGCGCCCGCCAGCUCUGCAAGCUCAAGCGCUUCCUGACUACGUUGCAGCAGUUUGGCAACGACAUAUCGCCUGAGAUUGGAGAGCGAGUGCGCAGCCUUGUGCUGGGUCUAGUGAAUUCUACACUUACCAUUGAAGAAUUUCAUUCCAAACUUCACGAAGCCACCAACUUCCCUCUGAGGCCUUUCGUCAUUCCUUUCCUAAAGGCAAACCUGCCCCUGCUGCAGAGGGAGUUGCUUCACUGUGCCAGGCUGGCCAAACAGACUCCAGCACAAUACCUGGCCCAACACGAGCAGCUUCUCCUGGACGCCAAUGCCAGCUCGCCCCUCGAUUCUUCUGAAAUCAUGUUGGAGAUGAAUGAGCACGGGAAGAGAAGGACCCCUGACAGGACCAAAGACUCUUCGGAGAGAGAUGGCUUGCAUCCCGAGCACCUUGCUAAAAGGCCCUGCACCAUCAGUCCCAGCCCCCGCUUCAGUCCCAGCACAGGGCUCCCUGCUCACCCACCUCCCAAUGGCCUUCCCACACACCCUCCCAACGGCCUGCCGCACCCACAAAACCCUCAAAUGGGACCUCAGCACUACCGUUUGGAGGACAUGGCACUGGCACACCAAUACAGAGAUGCUUACAGACACAAUGAACACAGAGACAGCCGAGACAGACACCGACAAACAGCAGUACAUGGAGCCCGCCAAGAGGAAGUGAUUGACCACCGUCUAACAGAUCGAGAGUGGGCAGAAGAAUGGAAGCACCUUGAUAAUCUCCUUAACUGUAUCAUGGACAUGGUAGAGAAGACGCGCCGCUCUCUGACCGUGCUGCGACGCUGCCAGGAGGCGGAUCGGGAGGAGAUGAAUCAUUGGAUACGGCGCUACAGCGACGUGGAAGAGAUGAAAAAAGGUGGGAGCAACGGACAGCACUGCCUUCCUCCUCCUCUUCCUCCUACUCCUCAUCACAACUCCGCCUCCAACACAGCUAGCAGCAGUGAGACACUGCCCAAAGGAGCUUCUUCCGCUGCUGAAAGGCAGACAGGCAGACAGACAGAGAUCCACAGAGACUUUCUACACAGACCUCCCUCGGGAUACCUGCCAGAAGAAAUUUGGAGAAAAGCUGGUACUACAAGCAUCCCGCUUUCCCCAGCACUAAAGCACCUCCAAAACAAGCAGGAGGAAGCCGUGAAUGAAGUGAAGCGACAGGCAAUGUCGGAGCUGCAAAAGGCUGUGUCAGAUGCUGAGAGGAAAGCCCAUGAGAUGAUUUCAGCAGAACGCUCCAAAAUGGAGAGGGCCCUGGCUGAGGCUAAGAGGCAAGCCUCCGAAGACGCUCUAACAGUCAUCAACCAGCAGGAGGACUCCAGCGAAAGUUGCUGGAACUGCGGGAGGAAAGCCAGCGAAACGUGCAGCGGCUGCAACACCGCUCGCUAUUGUGGCUCAUUCUGCCAACACAAAGACUGGGAGAGGCACCACCAUGUCUGUGGUCAAGGCCCGCAGGGGCUUCCAGGAGGCAGUAGUGUACCUCUUGGCACCCCCUCUUCAUCCUCAGCAUCCAGCGCACCUCCAGCCCAUUCAGAGAGCACCCCUCCGGGUCCGUUGUCACUUGCUGGCCAGGGAGGCAUUGCAUCCGGGGCGGCCAGCGGAAGCGGAAGUAUAUCGGCCAGCCCCAAGGAGAGCAGUUCGAGUAGUGCCUCUCGCUCCACCACUCCAGCCACACCCGCCCUCCUUGAUGCCACAUCUCGCUGA